GACUGUAGAUAUGGAUGGGAGUUAGGACUACAGGGGGCCCUGGUCCCAGACCUCUGGGGUUGAUGAUCAGGCUCAGAUCAAUCUGUCUAGCUGUCAUAGGUGCUCCUGUCACCUGCCUAUGAAUGGCUUCUUUAGGCUUUGUUAGCCUUCAUGGUGUUAUUAUUGUCUGUCAGCUGGGCCAGCUAGUGAUCUGUCCACCUGGCUUCUCUGGUCUUCAGCUUCUGGGCAGACUGUACUUCUGAGAGGAUGAGUCCUGUCUGUCUGUCUGUUGCUUUCCCUGGCUGUAACUUUGUGGGCCUGGUACCUAGGGUUGGUCAGUUCAUCUGCUGGUUUAGACUGUCAGGCUCACAGAUAUCCAUCUGUCCCUUUGCCUGGCUGUCACAUGAGUGUCCAGGAGCCUGGCAGGGAGGGGCAGGCCUAAUUGUCUGUUGGUCAGUUAGGUGUUUUGUGUCAGAACAUCCAUCCAACAACCCUGCCCCUCUGUCUCCCAUUGCCACUAUGUAUGUCUGUCGCUCCAUCUGCCUCACCGUCUGUCCCUGCAUUCCCUGGGCCCUGUCUUUGGGGGUCCACGCCAGCCGCUCCUGACUGGGAUCCAUCCCUAGGAUGGGUGGGAGGGCUGAGGCUUAGGGUGGGACUGUCUGCAAGGCAUCCAUCGGCCACCCCCUCCCAGAUAUUGGGCUGACCCCAGUGAUCCUGUGGCCCCAGGCACUGCAGGAGCUGAAGAUGAUGAGCUCGGUGGCAUCCUACGAGCAGCUGGUGCGGCAGGUGGAGGCCUUGAAGGCUGAGAACAGUCACCUGAGGCAAGAGCUUCGAGACAACUCGAGCCACCUGUCCAAGCUGGAAACAGAGACCUCGGGCAUGAAGGAGGUCCUGAAGCACCUACAGGGCAAGCUGGAGCAGGAGGCCCGUGUCCUGGUAUCCUCUGGGCAGACGGAAGUGCUGGAGCAGCUGAAAGGUGAGGGGCCAGCGGGGACCACCCCAGAGGGAGCUGGGCGGGGUAGGGGCAGUCAGAGCGUUGACCUUCACCCUCUCACUUAUCCAGCUCUUCAGAUGGACAUCAGCAGCCUGUACAACCUCAAGUUCCAGCCGCCCGCCCUGGGCCCGGAGCCCGCUGCCCGGACCCCCCAGGAAAGCCCAGUCCAUGGCUCCGGGCCCUCUAAGGACAGCUUUGGGGAGCUGAGCCGAGCCACCAUCAGACUGCUGGAGGAACUGGACCGCGAACGGUGUUUCCUAUUGAAUGAAAUUGAGAAGGAAGAGAAGGAGAAGCUCUGGUAUUACUCCCAGUUGCAGGGCCUGUCCAAACGCCUGGACGAACUGCCACAUGUGGAGACGCAGUUUUCGAUGCAGAUGGACCUGAUCCGGCAGCAGCUGGAGUUUGAGGCCCAGCACAUCCGCUCAUUGAUGGAGGAGCGGUUUGGAACCUCUGAUGAGAUGGUGCAGCGUGCACAGAUCCGCGCGUCACGCCUGGAGCAGAUUGACAAGGAGCUGCUGGAAGCUCAGGACCGGGUGCAGCAGACCGAGCCCCAGGCCCUACUGGCAGUGAAGCCAGUGUCGGUGGAGGAGGAUCCAGAGGCAGAGAUCCCCGCACAUCCUGAGGAUGGCAACCCUCAGCCUGGCAAUAGCAAGGUGGAGGUGGUCUUCUGGUUGCUGUCCAUGCUGGCGACGCGAGACCAGGAGGACACAGCACGCACGCUUCUGGCCAUGUCCAGCUCACCUGAGAGCUGUGUGGCCAUGCGCCGCUCAGGCUGCCUGCCGCUGCUACUACAGAUUCUCCAUGGCACUGAGGCUGGAGGUCGCGCGGGGUCUCCUGGGGCACCUGGUGCCAAGGACGCUCGCAUGCGUGCCAAUGCAGCACUGCACAACAUUGUCUUCUCCCAGCCUGACCAGGGCCUGGCACGCAAGGAGAUGCGUGUCCUGCACGUGCUGGAGCAGAUCCGGGCCUACUGCGAGACCUGCUGGGACUGGCUGCAGGCGCGGGACAGUGGGCCUGAGGGAGGGGGCACAGGCGGAGCCCCUGUCCCCAUUGAGCCUCAGAUCUGCCAAGCCACCUGUGCAGUGAUGAAGCUGUCCUUUGAUGAGGAGUACCGCCGAGCUAUGAAUGAGCUAGGUGGGCUGCAGGCCGUGGCAGAGCUACUUCAGGUGGACUAUGAGAUGCACAAACUGACCCGGGAUCCGCUCAACCUCGCCCUGCGCCGCUACGCCGGCAUGACUCUCACCAAUCUCACCUUCGGGGAUGUCGCUAACAAGGCCACGCUGUGUGCCCGCCGGGGCUGCAUGGAGGCAAUUGUGGCUCAGCUGGCCUCCGAGAGUGAAGAACUUCACCAGGUGGUAUCCAGCAUCCUGCGUAACCUGUCGUGGAGAGCGGACAUCAACAGCAAGAAGGUGCUGAGGGAGGUCGGCAGCAUGACAGCUCUGAUGCACUGCGUCCUGCGGGCCUCCAAGGAGUCCACCUUGAAAAGCGUGCUUAGUGCUCUGUGGAACCUGUCGGCCCACAGCACAGAGAACAAGGCUGCCAUCUGCCAAGUGGACGGUGCCCUGGGCUUCCUGGUGAGCACACUGACCUAUCGCUGCCAAGGCAACUCCCUGGCAGUCAUCGAGAGCGGAGGUGGCAUCCUGCGCAACGUGUCCAGCCUCAUCGCCACCCGAGAGGACUACAGGCAGGUGCUCCGGGACCACAACUGCCUGCAGACACUACUGCAGCAUCUGACCUCGCACAGCCUGACCAUAGUGAGCAACGCCUGCGGCACACUCUGGAACUUGUCAGCCCGCAGCCCACAGGACCAGGAGCUGCUGUGGGACCUGGGAGCCGUGGGCAUGCUGCGUAACCUGGUGCAUUCCAAGCACAAGAUGAUCGCCAUGGGCAGUGCGGCCGCCCUGCGCAACCUGCUAGCCCACCGACCCGCCAAGUAUCAGGCGGCGGCCACAGCUGUCUCCCCUGGCACCUGCAUGCCCAGCCUCUACGUGAGGAAGCAGCGGGCACUCAAGGCCGAGCUGGACACCCGACACCUGGCGCAGGCACUUGGCCACCUGGAGAAGCAGGGCCUGCCUGAGCCUGAGGUUGAAGCUGCCUCCAAGAAGCCGCUGCCACCCCUGCGGCACCUGGAUGGGCUGGCCCAGGACUAUGCCUCUGACUCAGGCUGCUUUGAUGAUGACGAUGCACCAUCCCUGGCUGCCGCUGCCACUGCAGAGCCUGCCAGCCCAGCUGUGUUGUCCUUGUUCCUGGGCAGCCCCUUCCUGCAGGGCCAGGCCCUGGCCCGUACCACACCCACCCACCACGGCAGCCUGGAGGCUGAAAAGGAAGCCAGUGGGGAGGCAGCCGUGGCAGCCAAAGCCAAGGCCAAACUGGCAUUGGCAGUGGCACGGAUUGACCGGCUGGUGGAAGACAUCUCUGCCCUGCACACCUCAUCUGAUGACAGCUUCAGCCUCAGCUCAGGGGACCCUGGGCAGGAAGCUCCAAGGGAAGGCCGUGCCCAGUCCUGUUCACCAUGCCGGGGCCCAGAGGGUGGGCGGCGGGAGGCCAGCGGCCUGGCACACCCACUGCUGCGGCUCAAAGCAGCCCAUGCUAGCCUCUCCAAUGACAGCCUCAACAGUGGCAGCACCAGCGAUGGAUACUGCACAAAGGAGCACAUGCGGCCCUGCCCCUUGGCUGCCCUGACUGAACACCGUGAAGACUUGCUGCGUGGGCAGACACGGCCCAGCCGGCUUGAUCUUGACUUGUCUGGUAGUCAGACUGAGCCACCUUCCCGGGAUACUGCAACUGUGGAUGCCUGUGUGCGCACCAUCAAGCUGUCACCCACCUACCAGCAUGUGCCACUACUUGAUGGCACUGCUGCACUGGGCACACGGCCCCUCGCAGGGCCCGGGGCCUCUCCUGGGUCCCGGAAACAGGCCUGGAUGCCUGGGGACAAUCUAAACAAGGUACCCGAGAAGCUGGUGGCCACCCCACUGCCUGCAGCCAGCAAGGUGCUGCAGAAGUUGGUGGCACAGGAUGGGCUGCUAUCCCUCUCCCGCUGCAGCUCUCUGUCCUCUCUGUCCUCGGCUGGCCACCCUGGUCCCAGCGAGGGUGGGAACUUGGAUGACAGUGACUCUUCUCUAGAUGGACUGGAGGAGGCUGGGCCUGGGGAGACAGAGCUGGAUGAGGCAUGGCAUGGUCCUGGAUCCUCCUCCCUGCCAGUGGCCAUCCCGGCACCCCACAGGGGCCGCAGCCGGGGUUUAGGGGUAGAGGAUGCCACACCGUCCAGCUCAUCAGAGAACUGUGUGCAGGAAACACCCCUGGUGCUGAGCCGCUGCAGCUCAGUGAGCUCACUGGGCAGCUUUGAGAGCCCAUCCAUUGCCAGCUCCAUCCCCAGUGACCCAUGCAGUGGGUUGGGCAGUGGCACUGUCAGCCCCAGUGAGCUGCCUGACAGCCCUGGGCAGACCAUGCCACCUAGCCGCAGCAAGACGCCACCGGCACUGCCAGGCCAGCCCGAGAGCAGCCAGUUCAGCCUGCAGUGGGAGAGUUACGUAAAGCGUUUCCUGGACAUAGCUGACUGCCGCGAGCGCUGCCAGCAACCAUCAGAGCUGGAUGCAGGUAGCGUGCGCUUCACUGUGGAGAAGCCAGAUGAGAACUUCUCCUGUGCCUCGAGCCUCAGCGCACUGGCCCUGCAUGAGCUGUAUGUACAACAGGAUGUGGAGCUGCGGCUGCAGCCACCCACAUGCCCAGAACGCACUGGGAGUGGGAACGGGGGACACCGCCGGCGGGAGGAGGCUGGCGGACACCUUGAGGGCCUGGCUGCCACUGGUUCUCGCUCCCGCAAGGUGGCUGACAAGGAGCUGGAGCUUCUGCGUGAAUGUCUAGGGGCUGCUGUCCCUGCCCGCCUGCGCAAGGUGGCUUCAGCACUGGUACCUGGUCGCCGUACGCUGCCAGUGCCCAUCUACAUGCUGGUGCCCGCCCCAGCCCGGGACGACGACUCUGGCAGUGACUCGGCAGAGGGCACACCUGUCAACUUCUCUAGUGCAGCCUCACUCAGUGAUGAGACGCUGCAAGGGCCCCCUAGAGAUCAGCCUGGUGGGCUGACAGACAGACAGAAGCCCAUAGUCUGCAAAGCCCCUGCCAGGCAGGCUGCUGGACACCGGCCCAAGGCAGGGGGUGCUGUCAAGACUGCAGAGCAGGCCCGGGGAGCUGGAAGGAACCGGGCAGGGCUAGAGUUGCCCCUCGCCCAGUCCCCAAGUGCACGCUCAGACAGGGAAGGCUCAUGCCAGGCCAAGGCCCGAGGGGACGGAGCACUACAGUCCCUGUGCCUCACGACUCCUACGGAAGAGGCUGUGUACUGCUUCUAUGACUCUGAUGAGGAGCCACCUGCCACAGUGCCUCCCCUACGGCGGGCAUCUGCCAUUCCCCGGGCCCUGAAGAGAGAGCACAAGACCACAGGCAGGAAGGACACCCAGGCCUCACCACCUGUCCCACCACCCACCAGGGCCCAGCCCAGGCUGAUUGUGGAUGAGACUCCACCCUGCUACUCACUGACCUCCUCAGCCAGCUCCCUCAGUGAGCCUGAACCUUCUGAGCAGCCCGCCAGCCGUCCACGAGGCCGGGAGCCAACAGUCACCAAGGACCCAGGCCCAGGUGGGAAACAGGACAGUUCCCCUAGCCCACGAGCAGAAGAAGAGCUGUUGAGGCGAUGCAUUGGCUCAGCCAUGCCUAGGCGCCGGCCCCGCACUGGCCCCCGGCGUCGCAAGCCCAGAGUUGCCCAACCAGACACACAACCCACAGAGGUGUCCCAGAAACGAUGUGAAGAGGUGGCAGGCUCAGACCCAGCCUCUGACCUGGACAGUGUAGAGUGGCAAGCCAUUCAGGAGGGCGCCAACUCCAUCGUCACAUGGCUGCACCAGGCAGCAGCGGCAGCCACCCUGGAGGCCUCAUCGGAGUCUGACUCUCUCCUCUCCUUGGUAUCCGGGGUGUCAGCCAGCACCCUGCAGCCCUCCAAGCAGAGAAAGGGACAAGAGCCCCGAGUGGGGGCUGAGGUUGGCAGUGCCCGAUGGCCAGGAAAACGGGGUGCAGUUUCAGCCAAGAGCAAUGGGCGCCCCCGCUCUCCUGGAGGUGCUGAGAAGCGUGGUGGUGCUCAGAAAACAGGGGAGACAGCGGUGCUCCGGGGACGGACAGUGAUCUAUAUGCCCAGCUCUGGCCCCCGGGCUCAGCCCAAAGGUACCCCUGUCUCCCGCAGCACACCGAGGAAGAUGGGAGCCUCUGGUCCCACACACCAGGAAGGCCCCGCCAAACCUCCUAGCCUUGGGCAGCAACGGUCUCGGAGUCUGCACCGACCAGGCAAGAUCUCGGAGUUGGCAGCACUGAGCCACGCCCCAAGGAGUGCCACACCACCCGCCCGCCUAGCCAAGACUCCAUCCUCGAGCUCCUCUCAGACAUCACCUGCCUCCCAGCCUCAGCCCAGAAGGUCCCCUCUGGCCACCCCGACUGCAGGGUACCUGCCUGGCCCCGGGGCCUCCCCAGUGCCCAAAACACCAGCGCGGGCCCUUCUGGCCAAACAGCACAAGACCCAGAAGUCGCCCGUGCGUAUCCCUUUCAUGCAGAGGCCGGCCAGGCGGGGGCCACCGCCGCUGGCCAGGUCAGCCCCGGAGCCAAGCCCCAGGAGCCGGGCCGGGGUCGAGGGGGGCCCUGGAGCGCGCGGGGGCCGUCUGGGCCUGGUGCGCUUGGCCUCAGCCCGCUCCAGCGGCAGCGAGUCCUCCGACCGCUCAGGUUUCCGGCGGCAGCUGACCUUCAUCAAGGAGUCGCCCGGCUUGCUGCGUCACCGCCGCUCCGAGCUGUCCUUGGCAGAGUCCGCGGCCUCCGCCUCCCAGGGCGCCUCACCUCGCCGCGGCCGACCCGCACUCCCUGCAGUCUUCCUCUGUUCCUCGCGCUGCGACGAGCUUCGGGCGGCCCAGCGACAGCCCCCGGCCCCACAGCGGCCCCCCGCGGACCGGUCCCGGCCGGCUCCGCGCGCGCCGCGGCGUACCAGCUCCGAGAGCCCGUCGCGCCUGCCUGUGCGCGCGCCCGCCGCGCGCCCCGAGACAGUGAAGCGCUACGCUUCACUGCCGCACAUCAGCGUGGCCCGCAGGCCCGACCCUGCGGCCCCCGCCACCCCGGCAGACGCCGCCCGCCGCAGCAGCGACGGGGAAACCAGGCAGCUGCCCAGGGUAGCCGCGCCGGGUACCACGUGGCGGCGCAUCCGGGACGAGGAUGUCCCGUACAUCCUGCGUAGCACACUGCCCGCCACCGCCCUACCGCUCAGGGGCGCCUCGCCCGAAGAGGGCCCGGUCGGGUCCCCGCAGCGCAAAACCAGCGAUGCGGUGGUCCAGACGGAAGAGGUGGCCGCCCCGAAGACCAACUCCAGCACGUCUCCAAGCCUGGAGAGCAGGGAGUCCCCACAGGCCACAGCCGGCGGUCCAGCCGCGCUCCUGGGUAGCGACGUGGACGGGCCUGGCUCCGCCAAGGCAGCUGUUUCCAUUCCCUUUGCUCAUGAGGGCGUAGGGGUUACCGUGGGAGGCUUCCCCGCCAGCCGGCACGGCUCCCCAAGUCGCGCCGCUCGGGUUCCGCCCUUCAACUAUGUACCCAGCCCCAUGGCAGCUGCUGCACCUGCCAGAGACUCGGCGGUGGAGAAAGUCCUGGUCAGUGCCCCUGCCAGCCUCCUGGAAUAGCAGCCUAGGCCGGCCAUCUGGAUCAUUCUCUUCUGGCCCUGUGGACCAGUCCGGCUGCCCGGUGGGUCUGCUCUGUAGACGCUCCGAGUAGGCCGGGCAGGAGCCACCCGCCCCUGGCCCUCGGAGCUUCUGCCCCAGCUCACAUCAACCUUUCCUUAGGGCAAGACCUUGCUUAUGCGCCGUGGGGCUCCAGAGAAAAUGGGCUGCAGGUCCCUGCUACUCCUGAGCACACGCAGGGGGCCUCGGCCCAGCCCUCCUUGCCACCAUCCCAGCUGGGCUGGGGAACCCGCGGGCCUUGCCCUGGGGCCUCAAGCAGGAUGGCUAGGGAACUGCCCGCUGAGCCAACCACACCCAGGAAGAGGGUGGGGACAGUCUCUGGAUCAGCUCCUAUACCUAAGCAGCCCACAAGGAGGAGAUAGCGCCCUCCGCAGAUGGGGACAGGCUGAGGAAGGGUGGUGAGCCUGUGUCUGCCAGCUAGGGCCACAGUGUCAGCUGUGCAGCAUCAAGCCUGUACUUACCGCUCGGAUAAUUUGUUAAUGAGGGCUUUACAGGGCUUGUUUGCAUUCUCAGCCCCAGCUGGAGGAGCACAGGGCGUGUAUGAGCAGACAGGGAGCCUUCCCUGGUUGCUGCCAAGCAAGAACAUAACCGCCAAAUCACCCUGGCUCUCUGCACCUCUUGGGGAAAGAUAGGGACAGGCAGGCAGUGCAGACAUAGGGAGCUGGCUAGCCCCUUGUCCCUGUCACCAGCCACUGUCAGAUUUCCCCUCUCCACCCUGGAGGAGCUAACUUGGUGGGUCCUGAGAGUCAGUGGAGUCAGGACCAGCCUCUCAGCUGUGGUGGGUGAAGGGAAAAGGACGAGGACGGAGGCAGGAACAUUCCUAAAACGGGCCAUCAGGAGCCCCAGGGCUCUAGGGAGGUAGUUAGCUUGUGGGAGCCUGUCUACUCUGAUAGUUGCUGCACUGCUGCUCUUGUCCUUCCCAAUGUCCCACUCAUUCAUGAUGCAUGAAACACGAGAAUGAAGGCUGAGCCUCCUCCAGCACCCAAUGGGAGCCUGGUGUCAAGGUGUGAGGCCCAGGGCUGCCACAAAUGCAGAGGAUGGAGGGAGACAGACAAGCUCAUGGAGGUCCAAGGCACUCCCAUCCUGCCCCAACCACCCAAAGGCCAGAGUGAGGCUGUGAGACAGGGCUUCCUGGGGGCCAGCCUCAGGGAAUGGACACUAGAUGUUCUUUCCCCAUCCAGUAUGUGCAGGGGCACCACAGCCGCCUCUGCGCCGGGCCCCAGGGGCGUGGUCCACCCCACCUCUGGGCAGCUUCCUGCAGAGAGAGCUAACUACGUCUCCUGCAGGAUCUUGGCUCCCAGAAACUGUUUUUAUAAGCGUAUCUGUUGCCACAGCUGCCUGCAAGAGCUGCUCCAGGGGCAGAUGCUGUUCCAGAUACAUUUUAAGUCCCUCUUCUGAGAGAAGGGAAGCAGUUUUGAGAGCUGGACGUGAACUGCUCCAAGGGAACCCCCAGGCCCCUAACAGCACCUCUGUCCCUCCUCCUCCAGUCCUUGACACAACAGGCCAAGGAGUGGGCAGGUGUUAAGCUCUCUUCAUAGCUGACCUCAACUACAGGACCCUCCAGAACUGACCGGAGCCUGAACCCCAGAGAAAGUGCUGUGGCACCCUGCAAAUCCCUCACACCCACUGUGCAAGGCCUGUCUGGAAGGACUCCACCUAACCAGAACUGACAAGCAGAAUGACAUGCCCCUAAAUCUCCAAGGACAGUACUGGUGGCACUGACAGCUCACUCCUGGGACCUCCACUGCCAAACUGGCUGCUGGAGAAUGUCAGAGUGCACUGGCUCGUGGAUGACCAGCAGGGAAGGGAAGAGGAUGAAGCUCAAUACAGGUGACCCCCCCCCCGCCAGAGCCCUUCUCAGGAUUCAGCAGAGGUCUCGGGACAAUCCCCCCACACUCACCCCCAUAUUUGCCUUGAGAUUUGGGGACACUGGGCUCUUGCUUGCUCACACUUGCUACAGGCCAGCUGUACCCCAAAAUGGCCUGGUGGUGGGGAAAUGGUGGCAGACCAACCCCCAGUUUGCCCAGCUGUGGGGCCAGGGAUGAAGGUAAGUGUAGCCCUGGACCUGACCCCACCUACCACGCACUGUGAGACCGAGUGAUGUUCCCGCCACU